GAAUGAAAAAUGGUACCUUUAACAAUAUUUAUCAAACAUACAGUAUUAUUGAAAUUAACAAGUUAAUUUUUUAUAUAUUCCAUAAAAAUUUAAUAAUUUAUUGGUUUUUAAUUACGAAGAAAUUCAAAAUAGAAGGUGGACUUAAGUUUUAAAGUGGGAGUGAAAGAGUUAUGAAGUUACGUAUAUGAUAAAUAUAGUGAAAGUUCAUUGACAUUGUCAUUGGUUCUUGAAAAUUUCAGACAGUUCAAGACCUUUUCUCUGUUAGUACAAUUAAAAUUCUUGAAUAUUUUAUUUAGAUAGAUCUUUUUUGUUAUUAUCUGUUGAUUGUUAUUUUUACAAUGUUUUCAUAUAUCAUUAAAUUUGGUAGAGCUAAUUAUAAAUACCCACAAAGUUGUUUACAAAUAAAUAAGAUACUUGCUGUGAAUUAUUCAUUAAAAAAUAAUAUACCAGACUUUGAAAAUGAUAAAUCGGAAUUAAAAAUACCAAGAGAACAUAAAAAAUGUAUUAUGUCUGUGGAUUCAGCAGUACAUGACAUUCCAAAUGGCGCUAAAUUAUUAAUUGGUGGGUUAGGAUUAGGUGGUUGGCCGUUAAAUGCGAUUGAUGCAAUCAUUAAAAAAGGAUGUAAAGAUUUAACGGUCAUAUCUGUUACCCCUGGAGUUGGAGAUAUAGGCUUACAAAAGUUGUUAAUUCAACGACAAAUAAAAAGACUAGUAACAUCAUUUAUUGGUAUAAAUCCAGAGUUUGCAAAAGAAUACAGUAAAGGAAAUUUAGAACUAGAGUUCAUACCACAAGGUACACUUGCAGAAUCUAUCAGAGCUGGCGGUGCUGGUAUACCAGUAUUUUUUACUUCAACUGGUUGUGGAACAAUGAUUCAAGACGGUAAUGUUGUAAUAAAGUACGAUAAAGAUGGUAAACCUGAAAUUUUAAGUAAACCAAAACAUGUUCAGCAAUUUGAUGGAAAAAAUUAUUUAAUGGAACCUGCCAUCACCGGUGACUUUGCAAUUAUAAAAGCUUGGAAGGCUGAUAAGGCUGGAAAUUUAAUUUUCAGAAAAUUAGCAAGAAAUUUUAAUUCCAUUAUGUGUAAAGCAGCUAAAGUUACGAUUGUAGAAACUGAGGAAAUUGUUGAAACUGGUGAACUUGAUCCUGAUAGCAUUCAUGUACCUGGAAUUUACGUAGAUAGAAUUUUUAAAGCGUCUAAUACUGAUGAAUUUACUAAAAUAAUAAAAACCCUAUCAAAAUUAGCAGUAUCACCUGUAAGUAAAAAAAAAGAGAGAAUUAUUCGACGCACUGCACUGGAAUUUAAAGAUGGGAGAUACAUUAAUUUAGGUAUCGGAAUACCGAUGUUAGCUGCUAAAUAUAUUAAUAAUGAUACUGACGCAGCUCUACAAUUCGAUACGGGAGCUCUAAAUUUUCACUACAGUCAAGAAACGGAUCGCGUUGAUCCUGAUUCAAUGGGCCAUGGAGUAGCUCCAGUAACAGUUUUGCCUGGUACAUCUUUUUUUGGUUGUGAUGAGAGUGCCGCUAUGAUCAGAGGUGGACAUCUUGAUUUAACAAUUCUUGGAGGAGCACAAGUAUCAAAAAAUGGUGACUUAGCGAAUUGGAUGAUUCCUGGAUCAAUGAUAAUGGGUAUGGGUGGAGCGAUGGAUUUAAUUUCUUCUCCAAAAACAAAAGUAAUAGUGACAAUGGAACAUAAAGCUUCAGAUGGCAGUCCAAAAAUUUUAGAUAAAUGUACCAUUCCUUUAACAGGGGAAAAUUGUGUGGACAUGAUUAUCACAGAACUAGCCGUGUUUGAAAUUGUCCGUGGAGAAGGCAUGACUUUAAUUGAAUUAGCUCCUAAUGUUGAUGUAACUGAAGUCAUUGAAGCAACUGGCUGUGAAUUUUCUGUAUCUGAUGAUUUAAAAAUCAUGGGUCAAAUAGAUGAUAAUCCAAACUAAUUAAUUCUCAUACAGACACUCAAGUUUUCUCAAAUUUUUAUAUGAACUUUACUUCAUUUUGAAGAGUGUUAAGACCUAUCCUGAAAAAGCAAUUUUUUUUCA